ACGAUUAACCACAUCGUGUUCUUGUUCCGGGAUACAGGAUAAGAGUGGUCAUUAACGACUAAGCUACUAAGCUAAGCUAAUGGCAUUGUGCAUUGCAAAGCACGAGCAGACUGCUCUAUAUAUAAUAAUAGCUCGAGUAGAUAGAUUGAUAGAUAGAUAGAUUACACAGUUGCCUCUCCUCGGCUUCUUCUUCUCAUCCUCUUCUUUAGGAGGAUAUCGGAGGAGAAAAUGGGAAGCCAUUCUUCUUCACCUCACUUGUUCUUGUUCCUCCUCCUCUCGGUCGUCUUCUUCCGUCCCGCUGCUCCUGCAGAAGCGUUGGACGGUGCUGCAGCCGAUGAAAAACAAGACAGGAACGCACUGGAGAUAAUAAUCGGCGGAGGCGGGUCCUAUCCCCCGGCACCGUCCCCUGAUACUGGAGAAUGUCCCCCACCCCCACCCGAACCAGAAUGUCCCCCACCAAUGCCGCCGCCGCCGCCUCCGCCUCCUCCGCCGCCGCCUCCGCCUCCUCCCCCGCCGCCGCCGCCGCCUCCUCCUCCUCCUCCGCCGCCUCCGCCUCCGCCGCCGCCUCCGCCGCCGCCUCGGCCUCGGCCUCGGCCUCCGCCUCCGCCUCCUAAACCUCCAUCGCCAUCAUCAAUAAGCCCGAGAGUCUUGAUGGUGUUUGAAGCCGUGCAAUCAUUCAGAAGGCAGAUAGACGUGGACCCCUCUGGGAUCACGAAAACUUGGAGGGGUCGCAAUGUCUGCAAAUACAAGGGCUUCGAUUGCGCGCGGCUGCCUGAUAAAGGCAAAGUCAAAGGGGUCACCGGUGUCAACUUAAAUGGCAAGGGCUUAGGUAACAGUAGAGGCAAUCUCUCGCUCAACGGGUUCAUCGAGAAGCUCGAGGACCUCGUCUACUUUCACGCCAACACCAUCAACUUCAACAGCAUCUUCUUCAAAAACAUCUCCAAAAAGAAGCUCCGUUACUUCUACGAGCUCGAUCUCAGCAACAACAAACUCAAAGGGGGGUUCCCGCGUGCAGUCCUCAGCGGCAACCGUCUAACCUUCCUGGACCUCCGGUUCAACUCCCUCACAGGUCGACUCCCUCCGGAGGUCUUCGACCUUGAUCUCCGGGCCCUCUUCCUCAACAACAAUGGCUUUAAUGGGAAGAUCCCUGACAACAUCGGCCGCACGCGGGUCUUCUACCUCACACUCGCAAGUAACAAGUUCGAGGGGCCACUCCCCGAGAGCCUCGUGACAAACAGCACCUCGAAUAGGCUGAUCGAGGUUCUCUUCACGAACAACCUCCUCUCGGGCUGCCUUCCUUACCAGAUCGGGCUCCUAAAGAGGAAUGCACUUUUCGAUGUCAGCAUCAACCGGCUCAAGGGCCCCAUCCCACACUCCUUCGCCUGCCUCCGCGAAAUGCGCCUGCUCAACUUGUCAUACAACGAGUUCUCUGGGGUCGUCCCUGAGACCAUCUGCAAGCUCCCGAAGCUGGACAAGCUCUCGCUGCAGAACAACUACUUCACCCAAGUCGGCCCCGAGUGCAGGAAACGGAUACUUCAAAAGAGGCUCGACGUGAGCAUGAACUGCAUUAUCGACCUCCCACGUCAGAGAAAACCCUCAGACUGCAAGAAAUUCUACUUGAAACCCUUUAAAUGCCCAAAUGAAAGAUUGCUGUCCAAAGUUCCUUGCAAGCUCGAUCAUCUACUGGCCGAUGUCGAUGCCUCCGAGAGCGACCCAGCGCAGGAUAUAGCUCCAUCGCCUGCUUACGCAGCUCUCGAUCCGGAGUACACAUACCCGCACAAUUGAAGACGUGUAGUAUAAUAAUUCCUAUCACUGGGCAUAACUAUAUGCGGCCUUCUGCCAAGGAAAUAAUGACGCUUUAUGUUUCUCUGUUUCCCAUUUUAAUUUUAAAAUGUAUGAUAUGAAGCAGGAAAGUGUAACUAGGUUUUUCAUAAAUUGCAAGCAUAAUUUAGCAGA